CUCCCAGGACCCUACAAUCACUAUAUCUGGACCCUGCAUUCACUAUAUCUGGUCUCCCAGGACCCUGCAUUCACGAUAUCUGGACCCUGCAAUCACUAUAUCUGGUCUCCCAGGACCCUGCAUUCACUAUAUCUGGUCUCCCCGGACCCAGCAUUCACUAUAUCUGAUCUCCCCGGACCCUGCAUUCACUAUAUCCGAUUUCCCCGGACCCUGCAUUCACUAUAUCUGGUCUCCCCGGACCCUGCAUUCACUAUAUCUGGUCUCCCCGGACCCUGCAUUCACUAUAUCUGGUCUCCCCGGACCCUACAAUCACUAUAUCUGAUCUCCCCG